AUAUAAAUUACGAGAUUGUAAUGAAUUUCGAUGAUGCUUCUUUAUCUUCACUUCAUACUUAUAGAGUAAAGACUCGAUAACAACUCAAGGGCAUAUAACAUUCCAUCUAAAAGUCCAAAAGAAAAUACUGCCACAUUUCUCCUGAAAGAAAGAAUUAAUUAAUUUCCUUAGUCCUCGAUAAAAAGCUGAGAAUCAAAGAUGUAUAUAUAUAUAGUAACCCUUCCUUAGGCUGCUAUUAUUUGUAAUUUAAAUUACUCCACUGCAAAAACUAUACUCUAUACUUUGAGACAUCGACCACCCAAAUCAGCUGGAUUCAAAUAAUUAUCGGAUAACUGCAAAGCCAGAUUAACAUUGAAAACUCUCAUAAAGGGGAAACUCAUGAAUGAAUAUGAUUAUUAUACAUAUUUGAAUUAAAGCUGA